AUGGCUCCCAGUCAUCUUUCAUCAAAAGACAAACAGGCUCUCGUGACAGAGGACCAGUCCUUCGACAAUUCAAGGCAUCCUCCAUCUCGGGCUGUCGCUUCGUUGAGCGCUGCCGCAAUCGUCCCAUUUGCAACAAUUACCAUUCAUUUAGAUGACGAUUACUGGAAAACCAAAGCACCUGAGGGGAGUCUCUCUGCUUUAGAGAUGUCGAGCAGCCGUCCAACGGCGCGAGUCCAUUUCGCCGUUGACGUUGAUGAUCUACAGCCAACUGAAUUUGUACUCGUUACUGGUUCAACAUCGUCACUUGGGAAAUGGGACCCCCUCAAAGCCAAAACACUUACUCAGGAUGCCGACCGACCUAUUCGUUGGCGUGGCUAUGUGGAUACAACGGACGAUGAAGUCCGUUUUCGAUAUUUCAUUGGCUACUUUCUGUGUGGCGAACAGGGACAGCGUUUGAUCAUAGGUCGAUGGGAAUCGUUUCUACAUCCGCGAUCUGUUACAUUGAAAUCAGAGCAGAAGGGAGGCGUGUUCCGAGCAAACCAUGUUGAUCUCUUCGGUUACUAUGCAGGACGGAAGGUCCUUUCGGACGGAUGGUUGCAGUAUGACGACGAGAAUCAGAUCUUACUUCGUCUUUAUGGCUCCGCGCUGAAGUUCUAUAAAUCUGCCAAAGAACGGAAAAAUUGUACUAUAAAGAUCAAUCCCAUGGAUGUGCGACAUCGCUUGAAAAGCGGAGCAAAGAUCAACUUUAAUUAUGGUAUCGAUGAAGAAGAUGAUGAAGACGAUAACGGAGUACCACCCUAUCCUAGCCACUCAACAAUUUCUGUCGCGGUCCUGUCCGAUAGAAAUCCCAAGUUCAGGCAGCAGCCAGAUGUAGGCAUAAAGUUCAAUAAUAAUGUGGACUACGUUGUAUAUAAAACUCAUUCGGUUGCUGUUGAGUUUUUGGCCUUCUAUAUAGAAAUUUUCUCGGAGGAAGGAAAGAGAAUAGGCGCCUGUUAUGCUCUGCCGUCCUCUCUGUCCGAUUCGUGUGGUAUCUCCCAGCUACCGUUCAUCAAUUCUUCAGGAAGGCCCAUUGGCCAGAUAUCUGUGGAGUAUCUUUUUGUGCGGAACUUGCGUAGACCCAUUCCUGUACAAACCAUGGAAGUAUCAUACAGUAGGCACUGGAAGAAGAGAAACACAAUAGAAGUCGGUUUGCUGCAGCUCGUGAGAACACUAUAUAUUCCCUUGAACACAGCUGCAAAAAAUGGAGCCGAUUAUGUGGAAUUUGACGUGCAGUUAACUAAAGACAAGGUUGCCGUGAUUUAUCAUGACUUCCACGUUCUCGUCUCUGUGGCAAAACGUCACUCGCCAGGAAGUUCUUCCGAGGUGCUCCGACCUUCUGAUAUACACAGCGAGAAGCACAUAGAUUAUCAUGAAAUUCCUGUCAAAGACUUGAAGCUUAACCAGCUCAAGCUCCUAAUGCUGGAUCAUAUAAGCUUUCCUCAUAAGAAGGAGAACGUCAAAAAGCUUGUUGAAGAUGGAGAAGAGCAAGAAGACUUCAAACCUUUUCCUACAUUAGUUGAAGCUCUGUCCAAAGUGGACCCAGAUGUGGGAUUUAACGUGGAGGUCAAAUAUCCAAUGAUGCAAAGUAACGGACAGCAUGAAUGUGAUCACUACUUUGAAAGGAACGAAUUCAUUGAUGUUGUAUUGGCUGACCUUCUGAACAACGCCGGCAGUAGGAGGAUCAUGUUUUCCAGUUUUGAUCCUGACAUUUGCUCGCUAAUAUCAAUGAAGCAAAACAAGUAUCCGGUGCUGUUUCUUUGUGUUGGAGAGACCCAGCGUUACACCAGGUUCCAGGAUCAGCGUAGCAGCACUAGCCUUACUGCUGUAAAUUUUGCUGCAGGAGCUGAUAUAAUGGGUGUCAAUUUCAAUUCGGAAGAUCUGUUGAACGAUCCAUAUCCAGUCAAAAGAGCGAACGAUUUUGGCCUUAUCACCUUUGUCUGGGGAGAGGACUUAGAUAAAAAAGAGAACAUCAAUUAUUUCAAGAAGGAACUUGGUGUGGAUGGUCUAAUAUAUGACAGGAUUGGAGAAGAUGAACGCCGAAGAAAUGUAUUUAUUGUUGAACGUGAGCUUAAGCGUGCGCUGUUCAAGAUAGGAUCAGGACAUAAUACACCACAAAGAACAGUUUCGCCAAUGGGAUCAAACAGUUCCCACUCAUCAUUGGACGAUGCAGCAUUGCUGAACGAUGAUUUCCUUAAAACGUGUAUAACUGAUAGUGAAGUUAAUGUUUCCUUAGACCAAGUGAGCAUUAAUCAUAGAUGCGCCGCCGCGCCAACAGUGCAGGUCACUCGCUCAUAG